CGGGCGAACCAUUAUUGGGCCACGACCCCAGAGUCCAACUGGCCCUCCUACGCUCGUACUCCCUGAUUAGGCCACGACGGUGAACCGUCGCCGGGAAUUGGGGAGCGACGAAACGGCGGCGGGAAGGAGGCGGAGGCGGCGGCGACCAGCGGGUGAGCACAGACAGGCAAGCACCGCCGCCGACGUCGACACGCUGCAGACGGCCGUGCGUGCAGGUUCAACCCUCCAACCGAACUUGCCUCGGAGCACGGUGUUCAGCUAAACAAGUUGCAGCAGCAGUAAGCAGGAAUCGAGAUGAAGUUCAGAGUUGUCUGCAGGAAGCUGUACGACUACGUGCGCUACGACCUCAAGGAGAUCGCCUUCCCGUCAUCGCUGCCGGACCCUCCUCACAUCAAGAAGCGGCCUAAGCUCACGUGGCACGACCGCUGGUGCAUCUUCAAGGAGGCCACCCGGCUGUACGGCGCGUCCUGGGUCAGGGACAUUGGCCCCGACCUCAGGCCCAACGACUACAAGAAGGCGGCAGAAGAUGACGAGGAGGAGCAGUCCAAUGGCAGGCCCGGCUCUGGCAAUGGCAAGAAGGGGAAGAGCAGCGAGCCCAGCGUGCUGGAGGACCUCGCAGUGGCGGCGAGGGGCGGCGCGGAGACGCUGAAGCCCGCGCUGAAGCGCAUUUACAUGGCCCGCGCCUCCACGUACACGGACGCGAUGAAGAAUUUCGUGGAGACGUAUCAGGAGGGGCUCAAGGACCAGCUGCAGGAGAAGGCUGCUGAUGGGGAUGGUGGCCGUCAGCAACCGCAGCAGGGCGAUGAGGCAACAACGAAAUGGCCACCGCCACCACCUUCGUCAUGAUCAUCAUCGGCGGCUUAUCCCUGCAGAUGAUCGGUGCGAUACUGCCAUCCUAAGUUCUGCUUACACUUGCACUUGCAGCAGGGCCUUGCAUUUGUUGUGCGAUCCGCAGGUGUGAUGGUACUUGCGGCCAUAAUAGUGUAUCGCUUGAGCAAGGAUCCCUCCAGUUUCAGCUGGCUUAUCAUGCUGUCUAAUUCUGCAAAUCUGCUAGGUGAUGCUAACAAGCACACCCAUGCGAGCAAGCACUGGCUUUGGCUUUGCUCCCUUAUCUUUGAAGGGUACUCCCUAUUUAUCCAACUAUAAGUCGCUUAGGAGAUUUU